AUGAGUGCUGGCCCUUGCUACCCGAUCUAUCGGCAGGGCCGCGGGUCAGAUCCCAAGAAGCAAAAGAGAGAGGUACUCGAGGCAUACGUUGCGGAUCUCCUCGCACCGGAGCCGGAUGGCGCUCCCUCGCCGCCGCCUCAGGGAGCAGCAACCGCUGCCUCCGAAUUCCCCCGGGACUUCGCGCAGCGCUAUCUGAAAUGGGCCCAGGCAAUACGCCAGGACUCCGCCAAGGGUCGCGGAGUGCUGCCGCCACUGGAGCCAUCUGAACCCGCCACCACCGUCACCACCACCAGCCCUGCAGCCCAGCAACACGAACAGCGAAAGCAGCAGCAGCAGCAGAAGGACACGCCUCGCGAAGCGCAGGUGGAGCCGCAACAGGUUUCCGUCUGGUCGCUGGUGCGCCGUACUCGGGCGCACGACAAGUACGAAGCAUUGUACGGCAACCUACCGUCGUACAUGCCAGGCUGGGUGCGGGUGAAGCGGUCCCAUCUCUCCCCGGGUGUACGGCCCCAGCUGCUGGCCGUGGACUGCGAGAUGUGCGCCACGGAGGAGGACGACUCCGCCCUGCUGGGUGUGUGUGUGGUGGACGAGUUCGGGGAGGUGGUGUACCGGCAGCUGGUGCGACCCACGGGUCGGAUCAAGGACCUCAGGACGGCGUUGACGGACGCGCAGAAGGCUGUACGGAAGCUUCUACAACCCGACCGGGGUGGCGCCAAUGGCAGUUUGGAGGCGGGCAGGGGCGGUGGCGGUGGCGGCGAGCGACCCGUGGUUCUUGUGGGUCACUCCCUCCACCACGACCUUACCGCCCUCAAGCUGGACCACCAGCCUGUCAUUGACACGUCCCUCAUAUUCCCGCUCAUGGGCCUACCUAACGCCACCCCUGGGCUCAAGGACCUGGCUCGGGGCCUGCUGGGGCUGGAGAUGCGGAAGGGAAGGGGCGGGGCUCACGACUCCAGGGAGGAUGCGGCCGUGACCAUGAGGUUGGUGAUGCGGGAGCUGCAGAUGGCGGUCCCCUCCGGCCCCCUGGAGCCCCCCCAAACCCGGGUUUCCCCCGCCGACCUUGCCAAGCUGCUCGUACACGGCCUGCGGGAGGGUAGGGGGCAGGUGGAGCUCGAGGAGGAGUUGCGGGGGGUGCUGGCGGCGGCGGGGGCCCCGGGCUUCGACCGCCUGGAGCAAAACCCGGAUCACGCCACGCAGCUGCUGCUGGUGUUCAAGACCCCCGCGGUGGCCAACGAAGCAUUCAAGAAGCUGCCGGGGAAACAGGACAAGGACUCCCUGGGGCGCUUCUUUAAACAGGUCUCUCUGAGCUCCGGGAAAAUUUGCAAGAUUCGAAAGAUGGCCUGUCACGGCGGUAUGGCAUUCGGCGUCACCAGCCGUAGUGGCGGCGGCGCGAAAACACAGGCAGUGGUCUCUGCAUCGGCCGCCGCUCAGCCCGCGUCUAAGCGCGCCGCGAAGCGGGCGCGCAGCGCCCAGAAAUGCGGCAGCAGUGGGGAUGGCGGCGGCGAGAACGCUGGGGCCGCGGGGGGGGCGUUACCAGGCGGUUGCGAGAAUCCCUCGGGCAGUUCGCGCCUCGUCUCCCCCUUGCCCCCCGCCACCUUCGGGAUGUCUGCCGGGGCUCUGCUGACACCGGCGUCGCGCUGCACACGGAAUGGACGACAAAGUUCGGCACAGGAGAUGGGGAGAUGA